GGGCGCUUACCAGAAGCCAGUGCUUUUCCAGAAGUGCUUCAGGGGCCUCUCAAACUGCGAAACAUCCGCGUGCAGCACACGGUGGGCGUGGCCGAAAUAGAACGCCGUCUUCCAUCCGGGCACCACUCAGUACGUCACAUGCUGCCGCCCGGAGGGUGGGGGUGAGCGAGGAGCUGGGCGUGGCUGGGUGUUUGGCCAAUCCAGGCGCGUUUCUGUGCUGUGCGGCCGGUUUGAAUCCCGGGCGCUGCCGUUAGGUUCGUUAGCCGGCCGAGGGCUGCUUCAGGCGCGCGCCGAGAGGCCGAGCCCCCGCCUGGGCCGCGAGGAUGCCGAGCACCCCGCGCAAGAGCGAGGUCCUGGCCUCCUCCCUGGUGAGCAGCGUCAACCACGCCCUGGGGAAGCUGCUGGACAUCUGGCACCAGAUCGGCAUCAAGGAGGAGAUGCAGCUGGAGCGCAUGCAGGCGGUCAAGCUGCACAUCGAGAAUCUGUUGAACGAAAUGAUUACAGAGGAAUGCCAGUUAAAGGAAAGAAUUGAAAGCAGCAUUGAACGCCGUAAAAAGGAAUUGACGUCACUGAGAAAUGAACUGUCGCUGGACCCCUACCUGGCUGAAGAGGGUAUAUCCAUCCUUCAGAUGGAGAAAGAUCUACGACUGGCAUUAGAUGCUACACUCAAAGAAAAAAAUGAGAGGCUGGAGGAAUUGAAGCAACUUCAGCAGCAAGAUGAAAAGCUCUGUGCUGAGCUUUUUACCACGCCUUACUAUAUUCCUACUGGCAGCAUUCCAAGUCGUUUACAGCUGGAAGAGUUAAAGGAACAUGUUCGGAUGCGUUCAGAUGAGAAGAAACGACGUCUGGAAGUUUUUCUCAAACUAAGAAACGAAAUCAGGCAAUAUAAUGAAGAGAUUGGGCACACACCUGAUUCUAUUCUUGAAAAAGAGGCACUCUCUGAUGAUGAGGAACCUUUUUGUCUUACCAAUAAGAACAUUGAAGCUCUUCAAACACUUGUUAAUAAGUUGCAGUUGAAGAAAGGAUCUGUAAUCUCAACACGGGAGGCUCUGAAGGAGAAGGUACGACUUCUGUGGAAUAGACUGCGCUGGCCAGUAGAGAAGCAGGAACAAUGUAAAAUGAAUAUUAAAGGCUCCAUUACUCAAGAAGUUACCAUGUGGGAAGAAGAGCUGCUGCGUCUGGAGGAACUGAAGAAAGAAAACUUGAAGGGAGUGAUUGGAAAAGUCAGACAGGAGCUUGACCUUUACUGGGAAAAAUGUUUGUAUAGCACAGAACAGAAAUCAGCCUUUCAUCCAUAUUAUGAUGAUAACUUUACAGAAGAUUUGUUGAACCAACAUGAUGAGGAAGUUAUGAAAAUGAAACUCCUUUAUGAGAAAAACAAGGCUUUAUAUGAUGGCAUUGCUAAAUGGGAAGCUACCUGGAAACAGUUCAUGGAGUUGGAGAAAAAAUCCACAAAUCCAAACAGAUUAGUUAACAGAGGUGGCACUCUAUUGAAAGAAGAGAGAGAACGCUCAAAGAUCCACAAGCUGUUAACAAAGUUGGGAGAAGAUCUGAAAAGGAGCAUUGAAAGCUGGGAGAAAGAACAAGGCUGCAACUUCCUGAUCAAAGGUCAAAGGUUCCUGGAUUACAUGGCAAAUCAGUGGGAACAGCACAAACUUAAAAAGGAACAAGAGAGAUUGACGAAGAAGGAAGAUUCUGCAGUUCUGAAAACACCCAUGAAAAGGCUUGCUGGCUCAACCACUCAAACUCCCCUUAAGACAAGGAAGUUACAUGGAAUCACAAAUUUAACUGUGCUGCGGGCAGCCAGCUGCAUCAGUCUGACCAGCACAGGUACUGCAGCUGUUGCCAGAACACCCAUUCCAGUUUGUAAGACACAAUCUAAAAGCACACCACCAGAGUCCCGGCAGCCAGCACGAUUACAAGAGGGCAAAGAAAACCAGCAAACCAGCAAAUCUAUCAAUCAAUUCAGCUACUUAGACUUCACGAAAGAUCUUUCAAAGAAAACUAGCAGUACCAGUGAGAUUUUCAACUCUACAGUAAAUGAGAACAGAUAUUAAGGAUCCUGUUGCUGCACCCUCUGAAAUGCCGGAAUAACUCACUUCUUUGUAGCACUUGAACUCUUUUAACUAUUUUCAUAGACGGGAGAGAAGAUGACUUAUACUGUACCCUUGAUGCCAGUGCCUUGACUAACUCCGGCUAUCAAAUUGGCACAUGCGGCAAGUCAAAAGGAUUUGUGUGGCACCAGAAUUGUACCUUGAACUCUAUUUCCUAGCUAGAAAAUAAAAAUAGAAAGUAGCACUUAAAAGUAACAUGUUGAAUUAGUGAAGUCUUUAAAAUACUCUAACCAAAUAUCUGCAAGUCUUAGUCUACAGUUCAAGUAUUUACCUUGUCUUUCUUUAUUGGUGUGGCUGCAUGAUAUUGAACUGGCUCAUUUUGUUUUACUGAUGAACAUUUGUUUUUUUCUAGAGUGCUAACAUAAUCCUUUUUUUAAAAAAAAUGUAUAUUCAAGCCUUUGAACUGUCUCAACUCCUUCAUGAAGUUCAGACUUGCAGGUUUCAUGUACUUAAUAAUUCUGUCUAAUUGUUUUACCCUGUCGCGCAAUUAACUCUCAAACCUUGGUGCUUUUUAACCAAGCCGUGCAGGCAAUUAUGAAGCAACGGGGGGAAAGGGGGUAGAGAUGUGGGGGAACUGUUAGUUGAAGUGAAGUGAUCACAAUCUGUAAUCAUCUGAACUGUUCAAUGCAACUUUGUUUACUUUCUCUUUAUCGUAUUAAUAUCAUGUCUUGAACUGAAAUGUACCUUCACAUUAGUGAGUAAACUGCCUGAACUGCUUUGAGGAGAUCGGAUAAUGUUGUGGCUAGAAUAAAAACGUGUGUUUACAAGUGUUUAAAUAUUUCUUAUUGUAUAUAAUGUGAUUCUGAAAAGCAAUUUAAAUAAUAAAAAGAUGUGUGUUGUGCUCUUAAAUAAAAAGCUGCACUAGUCAAGA